CCCGCUCGCAGGCUGCGGGAAGGAGCCGCCCGCGAGCUUCGCACUUGAGCCGCCCGCCCCGGCCAGGUUGGUGGGGCAGCGGCAGCGGCAGCGGCAGCUCCCGGCCGGGGAAGCGGGUGCCGCGAGCCGGACGGCGCAGGGCAGGGCGCACGAGGCAGGAGGUCGCCCGAGGGCUCCCCCCUCAUCGCCUCUCCACUCCCUCGUGUCCCCGCAGGCUCGCCACCCGCCCCUGCCCCCGCCCCCGCCCCCGCCCCGCCAGGAUCCGGGCUCCGCCGGGCCGGGCAUGGCCGGGGCAGCGCCGCCGGGGCGCGGAGCGAGCGCGGGGCCCGGGAGCUGAGCCGCGGGUGCGGGCGCCCGAGCCGCGACGCCGGGACUGAGCCGCCGCCGCCGCGGAGCUCGCCUCUGCCCCCGCGCCCGCGGGAGGAUUUGGGAUCGGAGACGAGCCGGGUGCCGAGGGGGCGCUCGGCUCGGGGGUUUGUGCUUCCCCUCUGCUUGCUGCCUGCCCACGAGGGAAGAUGGCCUGGGGACUCCUCCUGCACUGCGCGGCGCUCGCCCUCGCCCUCGCCCUCGCCCGGGCUUUGCGGAGCGAUAAAUGUGGUGAUACUAUAAAAAUUAUAAAUCCUGGGUACCUUACUUCUCCUGGCUAUCCUCAUUCCUAUCAUCCAAGCCAAAAAUGUGAAUGGCUGAUUCAAGCUCCUGAACCCUACCAGAGAAUUAUGAUCAACUUCAACCCUCACUUUGAUUUGGAGGACAGAGAUUGCAAGUAUGAUUAUGUUGAAGUGAUUGAUGGAGAUAAUGCAAAUGGACGCUCUUCAGGAAAGUUCUGUGGAAAAAUUGCUCCCUCUCCUAUGGUAUCUACAGGACCACAUCUCUUUAUCAGAUUUGUUUCUGACUAUGAGACUCAUGGAGCAGGAUUUUCCAUCCGCUAUGAAGUUUUCAAAAGAGGACCCGAAUGUUCCAGAAAUUUUACUUCAUCAAGUGGAGUGAUAAAGUCACCAGGAUUCCCUGAAAAAUAUCCCAAUAGCCUUGAAUGCACUUACAUUAUCUUUGCACCAAAGAUGUCAGAGAUUAUACUGGAAUUUGAAAGCUUUGAACUAGAACCCGAUUCAAAUCCUCCAGGGGGAGUACUCUGUCGUUAUGACCGACUGGAAAUCUGGGAUGGCUUCCCUGAUGUUGGUCCUCACAUAGGGCGUUAUUGUGGACAGAACACACCAGGUCGAGUUCGCUCUUCAACAGGAAUCCUUUCAAUGGUUUUUUACACUGACAGUGCAAUCGCAAAAGAGGGAUUCUCAGCAAACUACAGUGUCUUACAGAAUAGCAUAUCAGAAGAUUUCCAGUGCAUGGAACCACUAGGUAUGGAAUCAGGAGAAAUUCACUCUGACCAAAUCACUGCCUCCUCCCAGUAUAGCACCAACUGGUCUUCAGAAAGGUCCCGAUUAAAUUACUCUGAAAAUGGAUGGACCCCUGGUGAAGAUUCCAGCAGAGAAUGGAUCCAGGUGGAUCUAGGCCUUAUCCGCUUCGUCUCUGGCAUUGGGACACAGGGAGCUACCUCGAAAGAAACUAACAAAAUAUAUUAUGUGAAAACAUACCGAGUAGAGGUCAGCUCCAACGGAGAAGACUGGAUUUCACUAAAAGAGGGAAAUAAGCCUUUGGUAUUUCAAGGGAACACCAACCCCAAAGAUAUUGUUUACAGAUUUUUUCCCAAACCAGUUUUAACAAGAUUUGUUCGUAUCAAACCCAUGACCUGGGAAAAUGGUAUAUCACUGAGAUUUGAAAUUUAUGGCUGUAGAAUAACAGAUUACCCUUGCUCUGGGAUGCUGGGUAUGGUGUCUGGACUUAUUUCCGACUCUCAGAUUACUGCAUCCAGUCAAGUAGAUCGAACUUGGAUCCCAGAAAAUGCUCGUCUUAUAACAAGCCGCUCAGGCUGGGCGCUUCCACCGACUACGCAUCCAUAUACCAAAGAGUGGCUUCAGAUAGACCUUGGUGAAGAGAAAAUAGUACGGGGCAUAAUUGUGCAGGGAGGCAAGCACAGAGAAAACAAAGUGUUCAUGAAAAAAUUUAAGAUUGGCUACAGCAACAAUGGAUCAGAUUGGAAAAUGAUCAUGGAUGCCAGUAAGAAGAAAAUAAAGACUUUUGAAGGCAACACCAACUAUGAUACGCCUGAGCUACGGGCUUUUGAACCUGUAACUACCAGAUUCAUCCGUGUCUACCCUGAGAGAGCCACACAUGGAGGCCUAGGGCUGAGAAUGGAACUCCUAGGCUGUGAGCUUGAAGCUCCUACAUCAGUCCCCACUACGUCAGAGGGCAAACCUGUGGAUGAAUGUGAUGAUGACCAGGCAAACUGUCACAGUGGAACAGGUGAUGACUACCAAUUGACAGGUGGUACUACAGUACUGACUACAGAAAAACCAACGAUAACAGACACUACAUUGCAGCCAGAGUUGCCAGCAUAUGAUUUCAGCUGUGGAUUUGGCCGGGGAUCUCACAAGACUUUCUGCCACUGGGAACAUGACAGUCGAGUAGACUUAAAGUGGGCAAUCCUCACUAGCAAAACUGGACCUAUUCAAGAUCACACAGCAGGAGAUGGCAAUUUCAUUUACUCACAAGCUGACGAAAGCCAGAAAGGCAAGGUCGCACGGCUGCUAAGCCCUGUGAUUUACUCGCAGAACUCGGCACACUGUAUGACAUUCUGGUAUCAUAUGUCUGGCCCCCAUGUUGGCACCCUGAAGAUCAAACUGAGAUACCAAAAGCCAGAUGAUUAUGAUCAAGAUCUGUGGACACUGAGUGGACACCAGGGGAACUGCUGGAAGGAAGGACGUGUUCUUCUUCACAAGUCUAUGAAACAUUAUCAAGUGGUCAUUGAGGGAGAAAUUGGAAAAGGAACUGGAGGAAUUGCUGUCGAUGACAUUAAUAUUGACAACCGCAUAGCACAAGAGGAUUGCCCAAAAUCAACUGAUGUGAAGGAAAUAGAUGAAGAAGACCCAGAAAGUAAUCAAACAGGAUUUACUUCUUCGUAUCCUGUAGAAAGGGAUGAAUAUGAUGAUAACAUCUCCAGGAAGCCAGGCAAUGUGCUGAAGACCCUAGACCCUAUUCUUAUUACUAUUAUAGCCAUGAGUGCACUGGGUGUGCUGUUAGGAGCCAUCUGUGGAGUUGUUCUUUAUUGUGCCUGUUGGCACAAUGGGAUGUCAGACAGGAACUUAUCUGCACUGGAGAAUUACAAUUUUGAACUAGUGGAUGGCGUUAAAUUGAAAAAAGAUAAACUAAACACACAGAGUUCUUACUCAGAAGCAUGAAGGUAUAAAGUAACUAAAGAAGUGUCAGAGAAUUGGAAUGGAAGGACAUGACUUGAUUGUGCUGGGGAACUGUUGAUCUUUUACUGUACAGGCUGAAAAGUGCGUUGAUGACACUGAGCCAGGCUUUUCUCAGGAGCUUCAAUGGGUGUAACCGAUAAACAUGGACAACAAUCUGUGUUAAUCUGAAUCAUGUACAGUCUGCUUUUUCUGUUGGUUUCAUUUGAAAUAAUCAAAUGCUGGUGUUGAGACCAAGUAUGAUGUUUUACAGCUCAUUUUGUCUUUCUUUCUCUCCUUUUCUCUUGGUUUUCUUUUAUGGAUAGAUUUAUUUUUACUGUGCAAAAUCCAAGAUGCUGUCACAAAGUGUAUUCAGUGGGGUCCUUUUGAUGGACAUGCUGUCUGUAGCCCAGUGGCCAGAAAAUAAUCAGAGUAACAGCAAGUGGACUCCUGCACUUGUAUUUGUGUAUAAUUGCUCGUGUUGUGCAUAGGCAAAGAAGGUUAGGGUGUUUUUGAAAAGUACUGUAGCCUCAGUACCGAUAUGGUGUGUCAGCUCUGUUUACGAAGCAAUACAGUCAAAUUUUAUUGAUGUUUUUCAGUGUUGUACUAAACUUCGUGCUUGUGAAUUCCAUAAAAGAAUAUGUGCCAUCAUUAGACACAACUGGCAACUGAGUGUACUGCCUAUAAUCAAAACAAAAGUCCUUGGCACUGGCUAGUGUAUGUCCUCUCAAGUGCCUUUUAGUUUGUACUGCUUCUCAUUGUGUUAACAUUAGCUACAACUCUGUUUCCCUCCAGUUAAAGCCCUUGUCUUUAAUCAUACUCUGGUGGCUCACUGAUGAAGAGAGUAUAUUUUAGUGUAAGAAAUAGCCUCCACAAGGCAAGGGCUAAUCAAAUUUGACAACUUGGCUCGAAUGUUCUGCUUUCUGUAUUUCAAUUUCAUGUCUGUUGACCCUUUUGUAUAAAGCUGCAAUAUUCUCUUUUAUUGUUCUUUCAUAUAGAAUGUAUUUUCAAAUGUAAACUCUUUUCUCUCUCUUUCUCUCUCUCUCUGAGUAGAUUGCAUAAGCAUUUGCCAUUGUCAAGGAAAGAAAACUGCAGCUUUAACUUGCUGGUAAUGGCAAAAGAUUUUACUAGACUUGUGUUAAAAAAUAAGGGAAAAUUCUUAACUUUACCCUCCAAAGUCGAACUUUGGGUUUCUUGUUAACAGCAUAAAGUGACAGUAUCUUUUUUCCUUAAGUCAUGAAAAAUCUCUUUUACUUUUACCCAGAUGCCUAUUAAUAGGUAUUUACAUUUAGAAAAAUGAUUAAGAAGUUCCUUAUUGAAAGAUUGCCUUCAAAGAUAGAAAUGAUCCUUUUCCCUCUACUUUCACCCAAAGAGAGGGUUCUGUGGUCUCCUUGAGGUCUGUCUAUUCAUACUAAUCAGGAUCAUAUCCAUGUUAAUCAGACUUAUUCAUGGGUACUGAGGGUAGAAUAAGAUCCUGAAAUGUGCAGAGGACGUAAUGAUUAAGGUCAGGUUAUAUCAAGGAAGCAAUUUUAGUCCAGGUGCUUUUCUCACAGUCUACAAGAGAAUAAACAAUACUUUCCCUAGAGCAUACAGCUUCCUUGUAUGUUCAUUUUGUGAAGUUAGUGAUUGAUACAGGUGGAUGAAUAAUGUAAAAAAAGAUUCACAAAGAAUGAGCUUGACAACUGAACUGCCAAUUUCCAAUUGUUUUUAAAUAAAUUAUUGGCAUAAUAAAUCAAUGGCUUAUGUAGCUGGUCCAACAAAGUAAGAAGUUAGCUAUGGAGGGCACAACUGUGCUACUAUGAAGGGACCAUGCAGGUAAGCAAAGGCAUUUAAAACCCACUUCUCCAUCUCCUUCCUGGCAUGACUGAUCACCAGUUUUGGGGAAGGUGGGAGAGCUGCUUCCCUAGGACCUCUUCCCUUCCCCUUUAGCAGAUUGGUGGGGAGUGGAUGAAGAGGGAAGGAAGUAGAGAAGCUUAACUCUACAUUUUCCACAAUAUACUAACCACUCCAGUGGAAUUAAGCCAACAGAAAGACACUGGGGCAAGUGAGAGCAUGGAAAGUCCUGCAGCAAUUUAAUUCCUCCUUGGAGCAAUGCUGAAUCAGGGAUGAUACAGUUUUUCUCCAAGGCUGCUCCCACAGGACACUAUGCAGUAUCCUCAUGCAGGGAUAAAACUAAAUAGAAUCUCAAUCCACCAUAUAACAUCUUACGUGAUAGCAGUAGUCAAAAAGUGAAAGAUUUUUUACUAAGUUACAAUGGAAAAAGCAAACUAUUAGUUAAUGAUACUAUGGACUCCUUCAAAACGAUCUGAAAAGCUGGAAUAUCCUCAGAAGGCAGGUUUGAGGGUGAAAUCCUGGCCUCCUUAAAAUAAACAGUAGAACUCCCAAUGAUGUCAGUGGAGCCUGGAUUUUCAGUCAUAUGCACCUGAUACCACAACCUGGCCACAUUAGUAAGAAGACAGCUAGUGAAUUAUCCCAAAGAAGAUUCUUUUUAGUGCACUUGUAUCAUAGUACCAUGAUUUAAUUGCUUAGGGACAGUUCUCCCUUUGAUGAAAACAUAUUUAUUCUAUUAAACUGAAUGGGAGCAGCACACAUGUGUUGCCUUGAAGAGGAAACCCUGGUGUAUGGGCCUGAUCUGAGGUUACUGAAGCCUUUCCGCUGAUUUCAGAUCAAUGCCCAUUCUUGGUCCAAUUUAAAUAUAGGGGGAAGCUUUUUUGCUUUUUUUUAAAACAAUUGAUCAUAACCAAUGAAAGAAAAAAUAUAUCUCCCUUACGGUCUCCAGGCAUACAGAGCAAUGAAGAUUUGAUUUCUCUGAAGGUAAUGGAAUGAAAAUUGCCCUUCAAUAAAGGAAAAAUGAUACUGCAACUUUACAUUGAAAAGUAUCUUGCACUGAUAAAUAUAUUUAAAAAAAUAUAUGUUUAUAAAGUUAUUAAUUUGUAAAGGCAGUGUUACAAAAUGUUCAGUUUAUAUUGUUUUAGAUUGUUUCAUAAUUUUUAAAGUGUAAAAUAACAUAUUUUUUCUUUAUUGAAAAACUAUAAAAAAAUCUUCUGUAGUAAAAUGAUUUCAUUUUACUGGUAUAUUAUUGCUUCAUGUUUUGUACCAUCAUAAGAUUUUGUGCAAAUUUUUUUUACAGAAAUUUUAUUUUCUAUGACAAUAUGACACUUGUAAACUGUUGUUUCAAAAUGAACAGCGAAGCCUUAACUUUAAAUGACAUUUGUAUUCUCAGACACGGAGUAGCAUAAAAACACAUAGAACUGAACUGUAAUUUAAAUUUCCAAACUAUGACUACUACAUUCCAAAGAAACAGUUGAAUUAAACAUUUUCAUAAAAUA